AUGAUCACUCUCCAAAGCCACCACUGCACUUUUCCCACCAAAACUCACUUCACGGAUGCGCCCCAGCCCACUCUCCUUGUCGAUCUUAACAGCCUUGUCCAAUGCGGAUCCCUUAUCGAGAUCCCCUCCCUCCCCGACCAUCAUCCCCAAGACCGCCACUUCUCUUCCCGCUGCCGUCGCCGCCCUUUUGCAAUUUCUGACUACGCCACCCCCCAUGGCCUCCCGGACUCUACCGUCGUGCUCUCGGGCGCGGGGCUCUCCGUCGCGAGCGGUCUGGCCGACUACCGUGGCGUCAACGGCACAUACCGCGUGAAUAAAUCGUACCGGCCCAUCUACCACAACGAGUUUUUGGCUAGCCAUCCUCGCGGCAACGGUACUGGGCGAGGAGCUUCCUGGGCUGGUCCUCACUUCACAAAGCAGCACCUAACGCAGGCCAUCACGCUAGCUUCACGGCUACCUCCGCUCCACGGUCUGCACGACCUGCCGCGAAGAGUUUCCCGCGACGUCUUUCAGCACGAGCUUGCCAGGCUCAAUCCCGCCUGGGAUGAUUUUAUGAAGGAGGCCGUAGCCUCAGGGGCACUAAAUACAGAGGUCCCCCACAAUGCGAGGAUAAAGGGACUCAGGACUAACCCAGAUGGUGACGUGGACCUGGCCGACGCACCAUACACAACGUUCCGCUACCCUCCCUGCCCGAGCUGUUUGGCCGAAGCACCUAGGUUGUUUAGGAGGGACGAGCUCCUCGUAGAGACGGACGAUGAUGGCGCUUGGAAGGCCGGCAGCACGGCUGGUAUCCUAAAACCGGCGGUCAUCAUGUUUGGAGAGAGUAUUCCCCGAGGGUCAAGAUG